AUGGGCAAGGCCAAGACAACGCGCAAAUUCGCACAGACAAAACGUCUCAUCUCCCUCAAAGACGCACGCAUAAAAAAACCAGCUACAAACAAGACGGCUGUGCGCAAAGAUGCAGAUGGCAAUGUCGUCAGAGAAAUCCCACAGGUCGCCUCCUCCCUCUUCUUCCAGUUCAACAAUGCUCUACACCCACCAUACAGAGUGCUCAUUGAUACCAACUUUAUCAAUUUCUGCAUAAAAAACAAGAUUGACCUGGUUCGCGGGCUCAUGGAUACCUUACUCGCCAAGUGUAUUCCCUGCAUCACAGACUGCGUCCUGGCAGAACUCGAGAAGCUAGGACAAAAGUUUAGGCUCGCACUGCAGAUUGCCAAGGAUCCGCGAUUCGAGCGUCUGACAUGCUCACACAAGGGCACGUAUGCCGAUGACUGCCUCGUUGACCGGUGCUUGCAAAGUCGCUGCUACCUUGUGGCCAGCAAUGAUUUACACCUCAAGCAACGGAUACGCAAGAUUCCAGGAGUGCCCAUCCUCUAUGUUGGCAACCACGUCAUCAAAGUCGAGCGUUUGCCAGAUCUACUGCAUUGA